AUGAGGACGCCGAUUCGCAGGCUAUCCUCCACCCUCAAAAACCAAAACAUAAACCCUACCUCCACGGCGGCCGCCACUGCCGUCUGCUCAUUCACCACUAAUCGAACCACCGGAAAGGGCAGUACCGGGGAACACGAGUGGAACGACGCCUGGGAAACAGCCUGGCUUCCCAACGACUUGACCGGAAAAUCACAACGCGCCCCAUGGGAAUCCGAUGUCAGCCUCUCUCUUCCCGUUGCGGAUCAAAAUCCCCAAACUUCCUCCUUCUCCCCGACGGAGCUGAUGGAUCUCGAGACCCAGGCUUUUGUGGAGGACAUGAACGAUAACUGGGAUCAGAGGAAGGGCAAAUCGGUCAAAAAGGACACCGAUCGAGUUGCCGGCAAUCCGGGACCGGGAUCUUCGUCUUAUUCUCCGCUUUACAGCUUGGAGAACAUCCAGUGGGAUUAUAGGCUGACGAAGCAGAAAAUACACGCGGGGCUGGGGCUGUGGGUGAAGGAGAUUGAGAAAAUGGAGGAGGCUAAAUUGGGGGAUUUCGUUUAUGGCGACGACGAUAUUGAGAAACUACUUGAUAGCGUCUCUGAGUAUUUCACUCCACACUUUUUACCAUUU